UCACAGUCUAGUGGCCUUGGUGGCGACUGAUCUCCUCUUAUUGCACUUUAACUGCUGUAGUUCGUCCCGGACUGGCGUAAAAUAGUAAACAUGUAAAAUCACAACAGUUGCUUUGAACGUUGUGGAAAAACGCCAUUGGGCCAUGUUGAAGAAGGCGCCUUAGCAGGGACGACCGAGCUCUUCGGAGAUGGACAGCAACUCACAAGGCUCCGGAGGGCUUAAAGGGAGUCUCGGUGGUCUCUUCGGAGGUGGAGCACCAGAAUAUUCCAACACGGAGCUCGCCGGUGUUCCUUUGACUGGAAUGAGUCCCCUCUCCCCUUACCUCAAUGUGGAUCCUCGUUACCUAGUUCAGGACACAGAUGAGUUCAUUCUACCUACAGGCGCUAAUAAAACGAGAGGAAGGUUUGAGCUGGCUUUCUUUACCAUUGGAGGCUCCUGCAUUACAGGUGCUACAUUUGGCGCUUUAAACGGUCUCAGGAUGGGCCUGAAGGAGACCAGAGACAUGGGAUGGUCCAAACCACGUAAUGUACAGAUUAUCAACAUGGUGACCAGGCAAGGUGCUUCAUGGGCCAACACUUUGGGAUCAGUCGCCUUGUUGUACAGUGCUUUUGGUGUGGUGAUCGAGAAAGCCCGAGGAGCAGAGGACGACAUCAACACAGUUGCUGCUGGCACGCUAACGGGGAUGCUCUUCAAAUCAGCAAGCGGUCUAAAGGGAGUCGCCCGUGGGGGUCUGGCCGGUUUGGCCUUGUCCGGUGCCUAUGCCAUCUACAAUAACUGGGACCACCUGACCGGAGCGUCGUCGUCAUCCUCCAGGAUAUACUGAAACCCCGUGCCCUCUUUCACCUCCUCCUCUGACAUUAAAUCCAAAAUAUCAUAUCUCUAACCCCAGCUAAGACAACCUAGACGCUGGUCAGAUGCAGUCUAGUACCACUUUCCAGGAUGGGUUGCUCGUCCUGCAUGGUUCCCCACAUGAUUGGCAGCAGUUCUGAGCUCAAACAUGUCCAGGCAAGCUGCAAGUGGACCUUUUGUAAUGAUGAACUUCACCUUACAGUCAGUGCUACUGUUGUAUUUAUGAAUAAUGAGUGGUUAAGGGUCAUUAUUAGAAGCUGUGUGAGUCUCCAAAAUUCGACAUAAUAAAUUGUGGAAAGUAA